CGGGCGCCCCAGCUCCUCGGCCCGGGAGAGCGAGCGGCGGCGGCGGCCUCCCCGGGCGCGGGACCCGGAGGACGGCAACACGGAACUUUCCACAGCGUGCGGGGGUCUCCUAGCAACAACCCUCAGGAAUUCUGUUUGGCCCCGAGAUUGAUGCACGUGCCUGGGGAGCAGGAGCGAAGGUGAAAGCCAGGGCGGCCAUGGGUCAGAAGGUUCCCGGAGGGAUCAAGACUGUAGGCAUGAGGGACCCGGUGUACCGGCCCCUGAAGCAGGAGCUCCAGGGCCUGGACUACUGCAAGCCCACGCGGCUGGACCUGCUGCUGGACAUGCCCCCCGUGUCCUAUGAUGUCCAGCUGCGCCACUCGUGGAACGACAAUGACCGCUCGCUCAAUGUCUUCGUGAAGGAGGACGAUAAACUCAUCUUUCACCGGCAUCCGGUGGCCCAGAGCACGGACGCAAUCAGGGGCAAGGUCGGGUACACACGUGGGCUGCACGUGUGGCAGAUCACGUGGGCCAUGAGGCAGCGGGGCACGCAUGCUGUGGUGGGCGUGGCCACAGCGGAUGCGCCCCUGCACUCCGUGGGCUACACGACUCUCGUGGGGAAUAACCACGAGUCCUGGGGCUGGGACUUGGGGCGCAACCGACUCUACCAUGAUGGCAAGAACCAGCCGAGCAAGACGUACCCUGCCUUUCUGGAGCCAGACGAGACGUUCAUCGUCCCCGACUCCUUCCUGGUGGCCUUGGACAUGGAUGAUGGGACCCUGAGUUUCAUCGUGGAUGGACAGUACAUGGGAGUGGCUUUUCGGGGACUCAAGGGCAAAAAACUAUAUCCUGUUGUGAGUGCCGUCUGGGGCCACUGUGAGAUCCGCAUGCGCUACUUGAAUGGACUUGAUCCUGAGCCGCUGCCGCUCAUGGAUCUCUGCCGGCGCUCGGUGCGCCUGGCCCUGGGCAAGGAGCGCCUGGGUGCCAUCCACACGCUACCGCUGCCAGCCUCCCUCAAGGCCUACCUCCUCUACCAGUGACGCCGCGCCCUGGGACUGCCACCUCCACAGCCACCUGGUGCCAACUCACUGAGCCGCCAGGGCUGCCAGGGCCGCUGUGCCUGCACUUGGAACUGCCAGUCGCAGCCCUGGUCAGAUGUUCCUGCCCCUCUUCAUCCUCCCUGGCUGUAUCACUGGCCCUGGACCGAUGGUGACGCAGGCUCCUCUUCCCCCACCCUCAUCCCGACACUGGCUGGAGGCAGUGUCCCUGCAUGUGAGAAAGAAUCCGAGAAUAAACACCUACCCAAGCCCUACAUGGCGCUCCAGUCUGCUGUCGGGUGGGCCCCGGGGCUCCCCACACCCUUGGGAACAGGCUGGGGUUCCCAGGGUGGUGGGAGGUGAUGCCCCAGCUUGGGGAACAGACGCCAGAACGCUCAUGGUGCUCAAGAAGGGCCAUGCUGUGCCGGGGAUGCCCAAGCCAUUCAUAGAGGCACCUGGCACACUCAGGCAGAAGCCGGACCAGAGACCUUCCAUGGCCAAAUGAGCCCCAAUCCCAGCUAUCAGUGCCCUGUCCCCGUAUUUAUUUUUGCAGCAGUAACAGAGGUUAGUUAUUUAUUUAUUUCACAUGGACAGAAACCGAUGCUUUGGUCGCCUCGUGCCAGCAAUUUCUGUUGCUUUUCUCCCACCUGCCUCUUUCCUUAGGAUAUAUGUGCCUCACCUGUCCUUCUCCAGGGCCACACCUAUGGCACACGUGCACAUGCAUGCCUGGCCCCGAGGGUGUGUGUGAGAAUUUGCCUUCAAUCUGAGGGAUGGGGGAGCCUGCGGCAGAGGGCUGGACACUCCCGGGGGGCUCUCAACCUCUGGAAUCGGAAGAGCUCAGCACACAGUGGACGUUCUCUGGUCACAGGUGACGCUUGGGCUCUGCAUUUGCGUCUCUGUAAAUGAGAUUUCACAAGUGCAUCUCACAUGCCCUGAGGAUCCCAGGAGGGGGAGCCCCAGAAAGAGGAGGCGAGUUGAGUGGGUCCCCAGCCUGAGACACCAGAGGCAGGGAAAGACUUCAGGAGGAAGCCAGCAGAGCCUGCUCAGGAGGGGUGGCUUGGGGCAGCCUGGGGGAGUAGUGUUCUGUCCUGCCAGUUCCAUCCCCAGCACCCCCUGGCCUGGCCACCACACUGUUCCUUCUGUCAUCAAGUCUGCCUUUAACUCACUUCUACACAGGUACAAUGGAUAACUUUAUUUGUUUAAAUGUCUAAUAUAUAUACACAUAUAUAUUUGUAAGAGUUUUGUUUUCAACAGCUGCUGUAGGUUACUUAAAAAAGACUUUUCCAGUGAAGUAUAUAUAUUUUUAAAGCACACAGUUGGUGCCAAGAUUGGGUGAGGGAUGUAAAUCCCCCCCCCCUUAGUGUCUUAAGGGAUUUUUCCCUUUCAGGACAGGAAUCCUGGCCUGUCGGACGUUGAGCCUGGCCAGCCUGGCCCCUGCCUCAGAGUGGCUCACUUUUCCACCACCUGUGCCCAUCACAGCCUAUGGACUUGACCCCACCAUCCCCCGGGGCACCGGAGCCGGAGCCCUCAACCCCACCUUCUUUCCUAUCAGCCCAGAGCCUUGGGGCUUGUACAGUUCUAGCUAAUGACGGUUGGUAAGAGUCAGUAACCCAAUAAAGGAACGUUUGUUCAAGUACAGCGGCACUGUUGAGUCUCUCCUUUGUGUGUUGGGGGAGGGGGCUGGGUGUCCCUGGUCCAGCCUCCAACCUUGGCUCAGCCCCGGUCUGUGCAUCCUCACUGCCAAGUGCAAGGUGGUGCUUGGAGACCGUGCUGACUGGAGCUCUUCCGCCUGCCCUUGAGGUGAG